AUGCUCCUCAAGAAGCGAGGAUCAGUUGGUGCACUUCUCUUGCAGCUGUUCGGGUCCAUCAUUCACCUUGGAGCCAGUGAUGCAGUACUUCCAAUUUGUGGGAUUAAUUGCGUGCAGGUGGACACCACAGUGGGUCAAUGCGUGUCAAGCGCGGUUGGCCGUCCAUCACUCAAGAAGGCGACGUCGUCACCACUAGCUCAGGAGUCGUACUCACCUCGGCUGCUGACUGCUGACUGCUGACCAUGUCCCUUGCCUUCACUCGCAGUGCACACUCGCAAGUCAUCAUUGCAUGUGUGUCAAUGCGACCCUCACGCUCCCAGCCUGUAUUCAAGGGAGUACGUAGCUCCAUCGCGUGUCGUCAAGACACCCGGCUUCGGCGAGGGUUUCGGGCCGAAUGAUGAUGCUGACGACCAGGGUUCGAUCGGACGUUCCGCUCAAAGGCUGCAACUCCUCUGAUCAAACGAACUCCUGGAACAAUCUCGAUGCGUUCUGUCUAGAGAGAUUUGGCACACCGUACGCGGUCUACUUGGGCGGCGGAACUGGCACCCCAAACCCGCCAAUCCAGCCGCCGCCACCACCGCCGCCACCACCGCCGCCACCGCCGCCACCGCCGCCGCCACCGCCGAGCAACUUGCCAAACGCAACGCACAACACUACCAUUAACCGGGGUACCAAUAAUACACUCAACAAUGGGACGACGAACAACAAUGGAACUCAGACAAACAACGGGACGACAAAGAAUGGGACUGGCACGCAUCAGCCCGUGAUUCCACCUCCGAAUACAUCAAAUGCGUCCCCGCCGCCUAAUUCACAGACAAUAGGUGAGUGAUGGCUUUGUAUGGCAAGUCCGAGCUAUAGCUUCGAGGAUCAAUCUCCUAUAUGCUAAUGGUUUGGUGGAUGUGUCCACAGCCCCUACCAAUACGUCCGCAGGCUUCACCAGUACUGGAGGCAACUCUUCGAAUGGUGGGAAGUCUAAUUCGUCGACAGGCGGGGCAUCUAUGGAUGUCAACUCGACGAAAAAGCAUUCUCAUGUCGGAGCCAUCGUCGGUGCUACGUUUGGGGUGAGUGUUAGACUGCCGAUUCGGUCCCUGAACUGGUGGUGUCUUCGAGGCUGACCUACAUCUUUCUGCCCAGGGCUUGGUGAUUCUGCUGCUCGCGGGUGGGUUUUUCUUCAUGCGCCGAGCACAACGUCUCAAUGACAGGAAGAACGCAGUUGGAAUCGACUGGGAUGGACAUCAGCCCGAUGCGGGGAUGAACGUCACCGCUCGCACAUUCUUUGCAUCAACGACGCCGGCGAACCACAGCUUGAGCUACUACGAUUCGCAGCCUCCGAUGGUCCAGAUGCCGAGUGACACGUGGGAGCAACGCAGGGAAUGGCCCGCCAACCACCCUGGUUCUGGUUGGGAGCGACGUGCCGAGUUUUCAGGCCCGACAGUUGCCGAACAUCUUGAGGCAACGGUGGCCAACGAUGCUGCGGCUGGGUACAGACCGUUCGCUCCGAUGGAACCGGGGGGGCCUCAGGAGGACCGUUGGUCGAGUGCGCGCCCAUUCAGUGACUAUCGGCCUAUGACGUUGUCGCUCGGGGAGCGUGGUCGUUUAGAGACGGCCGGAGCCCAUGUUUCGAAGUCAGAUCUGCCACCCGUAUCCGGACUCGUCACCGGGAAAACGUGGCGACCCUCGGACUCGAGCUAUUCGACCGGCGUCGGUGAACUCGGUGACCAAUCGCCCCACAAGCCCAACCCCUCGCAAUGGUUCGGAUCGACGCCGAACGAUCAUCUUAGCCAGCCGGUUAUGGGAGGGCGACGGCCCACCUCAUGGGCACCGCGGCUCGAGUCGGACGGCGAGUCUGACAAUCGAGACUCGUCCCCCGGUCAUCAGAAACUGAGGAUGGUGGUGGCGAACCCAGAUGCAGAAACGUGA